AGUCACCAGGAUGGAUCUGCUCACGUUUGAGAAGGAGAACCAGCAUCGCAUUCAGGCCGUGGAGAAUUCCUUCGGCACUGCAGGGCGACCUUUGUCCAAACCGGGCCGGUUUCUGAUGGGAGAGGGCCGGCUGAUGAAGCAGGGUCGCAGGAAACCACAGCCUAAAGACUUCUACCUGUUCAAUGACUUGUUGGUUUACGGCAGCAUCAUACUGAACGGACGAUGGCACAAAAAUCAGAAGAUCAUUCCUUUAGAGGACAUCCAGCUGGAGGACAUGGAGGACGGUGUGACGAUGACUAACCAAUGGCUGCUCCGCACACCUUCCAAGUCCUUCUUUGUCUCCGCCUCCUCUUUCAAGGAGAAGCAGGCGUGGAUGAAUCACAUCGAGGAGUGUCGUUUAAACCUCCUGCGGGAAAACAGACGCCAGCCCGGUUCGGUCUUCGCCAGCUCCUGGAUCCCCGACCAGGCCACCUACAGGUGCAUGCGCUGCUUGGGCGGUUUCACCGGCACCAAACGUCGACAUCACUGCAGAAGCUGUGGCUUUGUGGUUUGCAACACCUGCUCCAAACAACGCGCCGUCAUAAGUCACAUCCAUCCCACCAAGAAGCUGAGGGUGUGUCGCCUCUGCUACACAAACAACGAGAAAGAGGAGAGCGGCGUUCCCCGGCCGAGAGGAAACAGCAUCUGUCAGAAGAGUUCAGAGGAGGACAGUGACAACGACGAGGAGGGAGUGAAGGGCGAGCAGAGCUUCACUCAGAGCAACUGGCUGGACUCCCGGUUAGGAACCUGGGGACGGAUGAGCAGCUGCGAUUUCCCCACAUCCUGAUGAACCGUUAACCACAUAAAGACACAAUGACUUUUAUUCUAUGUAAACAAGUAACGGCCCUUUGAACAGAUUCAGAUGCCUGACAGCCGUACCCGUUUGAGAGAAGAAGCAUACAGUGUUACUUUACAUCCAUGUCAUCAAGAUGAAAGUUUAUUUAGUUGGGCCUCCAGAGAGAGAACUACUGGAUCCAGAGUCUCUUUAAUGAGGAGCAACUCCUCACUGGCAGGUCUUAUAUGCACUAUCAAAGCCCUGCAGAUGAUCUGAAACGCAGCAGCACGACUCGUCUUCAGCCUCCUCAAAAGAGCACAUCCCUUUGCACCUUUAAGAAAAAGCUAAAGACCCAGCUCCGAGCAAUUACAACCUUAAUGAUGAUGAUGAUGAUGAUGAUGAUAUUUAUGUUUUGAUGCU